AUGGGGCUUGAUUACUGCCUGGUCCAUUUGACUUGGACUCUCCCUCCCGCGGCCCUGCUUACAGCAGCCUAUUGGCCGUUCUUCUCACGACUGGACAUUGCCAGAAUAUCAACUUUAAGCAGUAUUGCGGUUUUCUGCACCAUACCAUGGGACUCGUAUUUGAUUCGCAAUCGUAUCUGGUCUUAUCCAGCUGAUGCGAUUGUUGGAUACACAUUAUUCGACAUUCCAUUGGAGGAAAUAUUCUUUUUCAUAAUUCAGACAUACCUCACGAGCUUGCUUUAUAUUAUCCUAACUAAAGAUCUGGUGCUUUCGGCAUAUCUGCUGCGAAAGAAGGACGAUUUCACCAAAAUCCUUGGCUCCGCAGCUUUGAUGGCGGCAACCGGCUUUGGCAUUAUGUGCAUGCUGCGUGAGGACAACCUGAAAUAUCUCAGCUUAAUCCUAGUGUGGGCUCUUCCGGUGUUGAUCUUCCAAUGGCAUCUGUGCGGAAACUUUUUUGCUGCAUUGCCAAAGAAACCUAUCUUGAUUUCAAUAUUCCUGCCAACUUUAUACCUAUGGAUCGUUGACUUUUUCUCGCUCCAACGUGGCACAUGGGUCAUUGAACGUGGAACAAAAUUGGAUAUACGCCUUGGGGCAACACUGGACCUAGAAGAGGCGCUGUUUUUUCUCAUGACUAACAUUAUGAUUGUCUUUGGUAUAAUAACCAUGGACCAUGCUCUGGCGAUAGCUGAGUAUGAUGUGAUAAUCAGCAAUUCGGCUGAGAGACAUCGACCUUCAUUUUUUGGGGUCUUCUGCUCAUACAUGACCGGCCAACGAAGGAGUUUCGAUACUAGGUUUCUCAAAGGGUUAAAUGCGGCGAUUGAAAAGCUGUCCCAAAAGAGCCAAAACAUGUAUUUGGGCAGCGCGAUGUUCAACGAUAGGCUUCGCGUUGACUUGAUCAUGCUGUACUCUUUUUGUCGGGUGAUAGAUGACCUGGUCGACGAAGCCCCAGAUCGUGAAACAGCGCAGUCGAACAUUAAGGAAGCAUCUCAAGUUUUAAACUGGUGCUUUUCGACUAAGCGACCUUCAGAGCCACUUUAUGGGUAUGUUGAUGUUGAAGGGAGCCCUGAGCAUACAAAUGAUCUAUCGCCUUUGCUUUCCUCUAUAGCACUUCUGCCCACUUCUCGUCUCACUUUGAAACCCCUACUGGAGCUUUUGUCUGGCUUCGAAAUGGAUCUUGGAUUUUCUGCUGAAUAUCAGGAAUUUCCAAUCGCAACCGAAUCGGACUUGGAAAUAUAUGCCCACCGUGUUGCCGGUACGGUCGCAUCGUCUCUUCUUGAAUUGGUCUUCCAAAACUACGAAAUUGGCGAAAUGAAACAUGACCGAGAUCAACAAGCCAGAAUAAUCAACUCUGGGCAACACAUGGGGCGAGCUUUACAGUACGUCAAUAUUGCGCGGGACAUCAAACGAGAUGCUGCAAUCAGCCGAGUGUAUAUCCCGUCUUCAUGGCUGGCAGAGGAAGGGAUCACUCCGAGCGAUGUGCUAGCGAAUCCAUAUGAUGACAGGCUUGCUAUCUUCGAAAAUCGCAUGUUGUGCAAAGCGAAUGAUGCAUAUAAGCAGAGCGUGAGAGCAAUUGAUGAACUACCUAAGGAGGUACGCGGGCCUAUCAAAACGACCGUUGAGAGCUACAUGAUUAUUGGAGAGAUGGUUCGCAAGAGGCGCCAGGCCGGGAUUAAGGAGGAAGGAAAGUUGAAAGUACCUUUGUGGCGGAGGCUGAGGCUAGCGUGGCGGGAAAUGAAUGUAAGCCAUUAG